CAAAAAGGAAGGAAGCCUUCGGCCAUACAAUCGCGGCAAAAUCGGUUCAAAAAUUUAGCUUGCAAGCUACAGUUAGCAACUACAUGUGUCCUUUUAUCGCCUAGGUAAUUAUCAUUAGGCGUUCACUAUCAUGGACGAGGCAAUAGUGUUUCGUAUGAGUGCAUUUUCCGAGCAAGGAGGGAGGAAAUACAUGGAGGAUGUUGUCGAGAUAAGAAUCGAGUACGAGCCGACGCCGUCGCCAGCCGAAGAUUAUCCAAAGUCGCAGAGACAUGGAGGACAGGGAAAAGCCCAGAAUGAACCUAUCAAACAGACUGAAAAUGAGACACAGGAGCACAACGUUGCUGCCGAAUCCGGACCAGUCUCUGCGAUGUGGGUAGAGAGUCUUUCUAACGAGAACAGUAGCAUCAACAGUAAACCGGUAUCAGACGAAAAAGUCGCAGAGCACGUCGUCGACACUCGGAAGUCUGUGGCGUUUUUCGCCGUUUUCGAUGGCCACGGUGGUCGAGAAGCAGCACAUUUCGCCAGGGAGAAUCUGUGGGAUUUGUUGAAGAGGCAGCGGGGGUUUUGGUCGAAGGAUCACAGCGAAGUGUGUGCUGCUCUCCGGAAAGGGUUCAUCGCCUGUCACCAUGCGAUGUGGAAAGAGCUGCCGGAGUGGCCGAAGACUAUCACUGGCCUGCCCAGUACGUCAGGCACCACAGCCAGCGUGAUUGUGAUCCGAGGAGUUCACAUGUAUGUUGCCCAUGUAGGGGAUUCAGCAGUAGUGGUCGGAGUGAAAGAAAAUGACUCUGAUAUCACGCUCCAGGCACUCGAAGUAACACAAGACCAUAAACCUGAACUGCCUAAAGAAAAAGAGAGGAUUGAACGCCUGGGUGGCAGCGUAAUGAAGAAAUCUGGGGUGAACCGUGUUGUGUGGAAGAGGCCCAGACUGACCCACAACGGCCCCGUGAGGAGGAGCACAGUCAUCGACCAGAUCCCCUUCUUGGCUGUGGCCCGAUCCCUCGGUGAUCUGUGGAGCUACGAUUUCUAUAGUGGGGAGUUUGUGGUUUCUCCAGAGCCUGAUACCACAGUGAUGACCCUGGACCCCAAACGCCAUCGCUACAUCAUCCUCGGCAGCGACGGACUGUGGAACAUGAUGCCACCCAAAAAUGCUGUCAAUAUGUGCUAUAGUCACGAUAAAAUGGUGGGACCAAAGGGAAUGUCUUGCGCCCGCCGUCUGGGAUGCACAGCCCUGCUGUUCUGGAAAGAACGCAUGCUCCGAGCAGACAACACAACAGUAAUCGUCCUGGCCCUACAGGAGCGCGGGGGCCCACCUAUCCCCAUGCACCGAGAUGAGAUCGUGGUCGACAUGGCUACGGGAAUCGACCAUGUUCCAUACCCAGGAACUACUUAUAACACGUGCGAGGUCCCAAAGGCGGAGCAUGAGGAUGACAUGUUUUAUGAAGAAGAUGAGAUAUUUGGAGAAGAACAUGAGGGAUGGCCGUGCCUGGAGUGGUAGUGAGCGGAGUGACGCAGUGAGUGCUCCCUCCCCAUUCAGAGACCGUUCCACACCUCUGGAGCAGGCAUUUGGGCUGUAUGAAGCAGCGUUCUGUGCCACCGCACAGCUCUUACCUGACGUGGACUCUGUGAGGGCUGCGCUGCCCCCCUCAGAUGGCCCUGUCAGUGUUUUUGAAAAGCAAGACUCCACGACCCAAAUGGACUGUGCUGCUUCUGCUCCUCCAUUCAAAAAGUCCCGCCGUUCUCCACACGCGCCCCCUGAACUCAGAGGUCCUCACCGUCGGCUUAGUCGGUCCUCCAGCAAAGGUUUCCCCCAGGAGACGCCCCACAGCAAUGUACAAAGUGAACAAACCCAUCAAACUCAUGCCCAAAGGGGAGAAAGAGGCUCUUCUGAGGAAAGCAGUAUCCUACCACAGCGCCACAACUCUGCCUUGUGUGUGUGCUGAGUCUCAUGGAACCAGUGUGUCUUCCCUGUGACUAGAAGGAUAACCUGCGUCGUUUGCUCAUGUAUCAGGUGUGCCACAGGGCUAUUCCCAGAUGUAUACUUUUUAUACAAAGUCUUUGUUUUUGUAAAUAUGUGAGAAAUUUGAGAUUGUAUAUGUGUUGCUGUUUUGACCUUCUCUUCUCGCUCUUCUUCUUGCCCCCCCCCUUCAAUUUUAGAUCCGCUCAAUCUAUUUUCAUACUUUUAAGUAUGUAUAGUAUAUCCAAAAGACGUAUUUUGAAGAAGAUAGAUCACUACAAUCUGAGAUAACAUCGGUUCAGCCGAAUUGUGUCACGUACAAUCUUCCAGUUUAAAUAGUAACAAAUGGAUGAAUUAUUUUAGGUCAUUUAGACUGCCGUAACUUGCCAGUCUUUCCUUUAUUAGGGAUAAUACCUCAGACUAGUUGUUUGGAAGCUUCCAGGUGGUAACAUAGGGGGGCAAAAUAAUGGAAGAAAUUUGACAAGCAUUGGUCUGAGGUAUUUGUGAGGGUGUUGAUUUUAAGUCUAUAUUAUUUGUUUUGUGUCUUUACCAGUGACUAACUAUGUACUGUCAUGAUCACAGUUGUUAUUUAGCCAAUUGGUGUAUUUAAUGCAUAGCUUGCGAGGAGGUGUGAAAGGGUCAGUUCAUCCAAAUCAUUAAAAAAAACAUGAAACAUAUUAAGCUAGUGGUAUCUAUCCACGUAGAUGCUGUAGAUAUGUGUGGUUUACCGAACUGACUCUUUGAUGGUUCUCUGCUGGAGAGCCACAUUGUUCCAUUCCAAGCAUCUCCAUGUAUGAUUUGGCCGAUUAAAGUACUGUUUUAUGUUAUUGUCAGACCUCGGGCCUAUCUACAAGUGCAUUUGUUUAAAUGGUACAAUCAGAAGUAUGUUGGUUGUUGGGUAAUGGUACUGUAUGUUGAUGUGAAAGCAAAGAUCAAGACCUGUACCUCACUAGAAGGUGGUUUGCAGUCGGCUUUGCCCUUGAUUUUUGUUUGUUUAAGCGUCCACUAACACCAUUUCAAUAUGUCUUCCUCUUUGUUCUCAUAUAUUAUACCCUCGUGUAUGAUUUGCAUCCAUAACUUGUGUUUUAAUCUGCACAUAAAACACCUUAUGGUGCAUAUUUUGAUGACAGGAAGUGCACGAUUGAUGGCAUACAGUAAAUUACAAAGAGAUCAGGAGUUCUGGUUUGUGUUAAUAUGGCAGCUCAGUUACUGUUGUAGGUGAUUUGUUUGCCUUCUUUUUGCAUAAAAGUCAUGUUUGCCUUAGCACAAAGGAGUCAGAGGUGCUUUUUUUUUUUUUUUCAUAUUGAGAAAUAUGAUAGACUUGAGCCGGUAAGAAUUUCUAGGCUAUGCCAGCGGAAGUAUGGCUGUGGCCCAGCCUCAACCAUUUAUCAUGCACCCGCAGUUUUCCACCAGUCUCAUUUUACCAUUCACUCUGCAGCAUACUAAACCUGCUCCUCAACCCGGUUGAUGUUUUUCUUUUAUCUUCCAGAGCAGUUUGUUGGUUUUGUACAGUACGUCAAUAUGCAAUAUAAAAAUAGUUUGUACAUUAUAUUAUUAUGCAAAGUAAUUGGGUUUUUCAGGAGUCUGGCAUGCUCAGAUCUACUCUGUAUGUUGUGAAGUGUCCAGAGGUAAUGGAUGUUAAUGGGCAUGUGGUUUGUUUUUGACAGUUACAAUACUUCGUACCCACUGCAGCCAGUUUUCAGGACUAACUGUAUAAGUCACCUGAUUUGAAAGUGACUGGAUAUACAAUGUCUGUGUGUUGUAAUAAAUUCUCAUU